GACAAAGUGAUAAGUAAAAUGAAAACUGAGAGCAUGAAUCCUGAUGCUGAAGAAGGUUACAAAAGCCUUUUAAAAGAAUGGCAAAAACAGGAUGAUGACAUUAAAGAUCGACUCGAAUCGAUUGACGAAAAAGUUGAAAAAGCCCAUAAGUUACUGCUCGAUUUAAGAGACCAUGUAGAGUCUCUAGGAGAUAUCCCAGGUCCACCGUCGUCGCCGAGCGGUCAACCUCGAAAUCUUCCGUAUUUAACUGCACACUUUGUUGGAAGAGACGCGGACGUAGAUGAAAUCGAAAAGAAACUGCAGUCCUUUCGUAUGGUUGUUCUUCUUUCUAUCCCAGGUAUGGGAAAGACUGAAGUGGGAAUCCGUGUAAGUCACUUGUUAAAGCAAAGGGGAGACCAGUCUGUAACACAUAUUCGAGUCGAAAGUCAUCAUCGGAAGCUAGUAGACAUCUGCAGUGAGAUUGUUGAUCGAUUGAGUAGUCGCACCUGGUCGGAAACCGCUGACUUUAUAUCCCUUGCGAAGCGUAAACUAUCGAAGCUAGAUAUCCCGAAUGUCCUUGUACUAGACAACACAGAGAAUAUACAGGGUGAGGAAUUUGAUGAAUUCACUGAAUGGCUCGUUAAAUCUGCCCCGAAUGUAAAGUUGAUAAUCACUACUCGAAAAGAUGUUGGAUUCGUGUCGGCAGACGUGUGUAGGUUUCCUCUCAAACCUUUAGAUACCGAAUCGUCUGCUAAACUGCUCCGGAGUCUUGUUGACGACUGUAGUGAGGAACACUCCAAGGAACUUGCUAAAUUAUGUGGUGGGAUACCACUCCUUCUUGUGACCUGUUCUGACUCGCUGAACAAAGGUUUUAGUCCCGAGCUGUUAAUCCAACAGCUCGGGAAUAAUCCCAUACAACUUUUCAGGAUCAGUGCGAGCGAUGUUUACGAUACGCUGAAAGUAUUUUUUGACAACUUUUCCAAUGAGGUAAAACGAAAUCUUGUCCUUUUUUCUGUUUUCCCAUCGGAGUUCUCAGCGCAAGACAUACAGUUUCUUUUUGAAGAUCCUUUACACUGUGAAACAGUGAAGACCAGGAUGGUCAAGUAUGCUCUUCUUCAAAGGAAUGCCGAUGGAAAGAUGAGGAUGCAUCCGCUGGUCCAAGCCUACUUCCGGUCAGAGAAAGAAUCAUUAGGCAUGGGUGACCUGUGGCGCGCCACUAAGUGUAAAUUUAACCAUCAUUAUCUUGGUCUGCUAAGAGUCUUGAGUAAAGAGUUUAUCAGCAAAGAUUCAGCUUUAAUUGCGAUCCAUAAGUUUCGACAGCAGAAGGCAAACAUCAUGGAAGUACUGAAGAAUUGUCUCGAAAACUCUAGCGAUUUAUAUGACAAACAUCUCGUUUUAGACGUCGUUAACAGUACAGAAGUGCUGGAUUUUGUGGCUAAAGUUUUAACACCUCCUAAAGAGAGCAGAGCACUGUACCAGAAAUGCUGUGAUAUUGCUAAAGCGUCCGGCGAUAUGAAGAGAUAUGCAGAGAGCUUGAAUUCACUCGGAUUCCGCCGUCUCUGUGACGGGUGUUACAGCAAAGACAGCCCUGAAGAAAACCAAGUCACACCUGCAAAGUUUCAGGAAGCAUAUGACAUGCGCAGGACAUUACCAGAGGAAGAACAAAAGUCCCUAACGCAUGCGCACAUCGCUAGUAAGCUCGGAGUAUGUUUUAUAUUGCAGGGAGAAGAAAAAAAGGGACGAGAGCUCAUACAGGAAGGAAUUUCAAUAAGAGAUUCUUUAGGCAACCGUUUGUAUGUUGCUGCUGGAUACUGUGACCUUGGGGACUCUUAUCGAUUGUUUGGUGAUCAUCAAAAAGCAAUCGACAUUUGGAAUGAGAACACUCUGCCAGUUUACAAAGAGCAGCUUGGUGACCACCCCUGGACAGCUUCAAUUUUGUUUUACAUCGCUGACUCGUACAAGGCCCUUGCAGCUGGAAGCUCUGAACGAGGUUACAUCAACCAGGCCGAGAUGUACUCCAGGGAAGCUCAUGGGCUACGAAAGAGGCUGUUGGGUCAUCAUCAGGAUACAGCUCGUUCGUGCGUUCAGCUAAGCGAUGUCUUAGUCCUUCAAGGGCAGUUCGAUGAGGCUUGGGAGGAGCUCGAUAAAGCCUUUGUAAUUCAAAACGAUAUUUUAGGCCCUGACCACAAGAUCACGAAGAACACAGUGAGUAAAAAGAGUGAUGUGAUGGACAAACGAGGAUCAAAUCCUCGUUAA